UCCGUUCUCGGGCAGUUCGACAGUUUCGAUACAGUGCCGUAAGCAGUCACAUCGGAAAUUGCUUCCGUUCCAGUGGUUCUCAGUGCAGGUACCGCGGGUUCGACGACUGGCCAAUCCGCAGAGGUGUGCAAGCUGUGUGCGUUGAGGUGAUGGUGGUGUUGGUGGUUACCGCUUGCCAUCCCGGUGAAUCAUUAUUGCGGUGAGUGUUCAGUUUAGUCUUUGCACCCGAGUGCCGUCCCAGUGUCCCAGUGUCGUGCAUUAGUUGCACCUCGUUGCCUUUGUGCAGCGCUACGUUGUGAACAUUAUAGUGGUACUAAGGUGAAAGAAACGAAAGAGUGUGUAACGAAAAAAGAAAACCAAAUCAAACCAAAAACGAACGAGCUCCGAAGUAGAGCUACGGAAGGAUACAGUGUGUUGUAUACAGGUGAUACAACCUGGUAGUUUGAAAGUGUGUCGCAGUUACUGCCGUUUCAGCGUCCAUUAACAUAGUAGCAGCAGCAGCAGCAGUAUCAGCUACGAUGUCAUCCUCAGUGUGGCCAGUGGCGUUUGCCCUUGUCCUGGUGACACUUUAUUCCACGGUCCCGUCUCAGGCUGCCUCACCACGAUGGGAACCACAGAUUUCGGUGCUGUGCGAAGCCGGACAGACGUACCAUCCGCAGUUCCUGUCGGAGGAAGGACGAUGGACCACGGAUCUGAGCAUCAAGGUGCCCGGCUCGACCUGUCUCCGCGACAAGAUGGAUCUGCUGGACUACUGCAAGAAGGUGUACCCGGGACGAGAUAUUACGAACAUUGUGGAGUCUUCGCACUACCAAAAGAUCGGUGGCUGGUGCCGUCAGGGUGCACUGAAUGCAGCCAAGUGCAAAGGAGCUCAGCGGUGGAUUAAACCGUUCCGGUGUCUCGAGGGACCCUUCCAGUCGGAUGCACUGCUCGUGCCGGAGGGCUGCCUGUUCGAUCACAUCCACAACGCGUCCCGGUGCUGGCCGUUCGUCAGGUGGAACCAAACCGGGGCCGCCGCCUGCCAGGAUCGCAACAUGCAGAUGCGUAGCUUCGCCAUGCUGCUGCCCUGCGGCAUCUCGCUCUUCUCCGGCGUAGAGUUCGUCUGCUGUCCCAAGCACUUCAAAGCCGUACCGAUGAAGGUGAAGAAAACGGACCUGCCGGUGCUGCCGCAGGACACGGACAUGCUGCCGGCGCUGGACGACGGCUCGGACGGUGCGUCGGACAACAACUCGGAGGACGACGAGGAGGAGGACGAGAUGGACGACGAGGAGGACGAGGAGAUGCUGGGCGACGAGCCGAUCGAGAGCGAGGACGACGAGUACGAUUCCGACGAAGACUUUGACUCGGGCAGCGACAAACCGGCCGCCGGUGCGGACACGAUCGAUACCGGUUCGGCCGCCUGGGAUAGCUUCACUACACCGCCGCCGCCCGCAACAGGCAACAAGGAUGCGCUCAAGAAGCAGCAGCAGCCCGACAGCCUCGGUGCCGGCAUGCUGUACGCCGCUGCCGGCGGGUAUGCGGCCGCCAGCUCGACGGAACGGGCGGCUGGCGGUAUCGAGCUGGUGACGACACCGAUCACGGCCAUCCCGACGCCCGACCCGUACUUCACGCACUUCGAUCCGCGCAACGAACACCAGAGCUUCAAGAAUUUGCACGCCGAAUUUCAGGAAGCCCAGCAGCGGCUCGAGGAGAGCCACCGGGAGAAGGUGACGCGCGUGAUGAAGGACUGGUCCGAUCUGGAGGAGAAGUACCAGGACAUGCGGCUGGCCGACCCGAAGUCCGCGCAAACGUUCAAGCAGCGCAUGACGGCCCGGUUCCAGACUUCUGUGCAGGCACUGGAAGAGGAGGGCAACUCGGAGAAGCACCAGCUGGCGGCGAUGCACCAGCAGCGCGUCCUCGCCCACAUCAACCAGCGCAAGCGGGAAGCGAUGACCUGCUACACCCAGGCCCUGACGGAGCAACCGCCAAGCUCCCACCGGGUGGAAAAGUGUCUCCAGAAGCUGCUGCGUGCGCUCCACAAGGACCGUGCCCAUGCCCUGUCGCACUAUCGCCAUCUGCUCGGCUCGGGCGGUACCGGCGGCCUGGAGGCGGCUGCCUCCGAGCGUCCCCGCACGCUCGAGCGGCUGGUCGACAUUGACCGCGCGGUCAACCAAUCGAUGGCGAUGCUCAAGCGCUACCCGGAGCUGUCGGUGAAGCUGUCCCAGCUGAUGGACGACUACAUUCAGGCCCUGCGCUCCAAGGACGAAACGCCCGGCUCGAUGCUGGCGAUGACGGAGGAGGCGGAAGCGGCCAUCCUCGACAAGUACCGCAUGGAGAUUGAGCGCAAGGUUAGCGAGAAGGAGCGCCAGCGGUUGGCCGAAAAGCAGCGCAAGGAGCAGCGGGCCCAGGAGCGUGAGAAGAUUCGCGAGGAGAAGCUGCGCCUCGAGGCGAAGAAAAUGGAAGCCGCAUACAAGCAGCAGCAGCAGCAGCAGCAGCAGCAACAGCAGCAGCAACAGCAGCAACAGCAGCAACAAAAGCAACAACAAGCUCAACAGCAAGCUCAACAGCAGGCGCAAAUGAUUGCAGCCACAUUCGCAGCUACGCAGCAGCAACAGCAGCAGCAACAGCAGCAGCAGCAGCAACAAUCGAUGCAAACCCAGCAGCCCACACUGUCGGAGCAGCCGCAAACCCAGAAGCAGCAGCCGGACAUGGAAGCGCAAAAGGAAACGGAAACCACCAAGGACUACUCCGAGGAAGCGGUCGUGACAAGUCCCCAGCCGACCGCACUCCCAACAGUGGACGAUGAAGCGGUACAGCGCGCGGUCGAGGAAGUAGCGGCGGCCGUCGCCCAUCAGGAAGCCGAACCGAAGAUGCAACACGUUCUCGCCCACGACAUUGGCCACGGCGAACCGAGCUACUCGGUGCGGCGCGAGGUGUACAGCUCGAGCGGACGGGACAGCAAGAACGUUUACUUUACGGUCGGAUUCGCCGGCAUUGCCCUGAUGGCUGCGGUCUUUGUCGGUGUUGCCGUUGCCAAGUGGAAAGCUUCCCGAUCGCCCCAUGCUCAAGGAUUCGUCGAGGUGGAUCAGGUGAGUGGGGCAACUGGACACGGCCAGCGGUGCCCGGGGAUCGUGCUGCACUACAACAGCAACAUUCUUCCCGUUUUCCAGGCGGUCGGUGCACCGGUCACACCGGAGGAGCGGCACGUGGCCAACAUGCAGAUCAAUGGGUACGAGAAUCCAACCUACAAGUACUUCGAAAUUAAGGAGUAAGCACAGCUUUUGGCAGGACGCGGCAAACAACAUCCGGGCGCGCCACCCGGCCAAGGCCACCCGAAACCCGAAACGCUCGAUUCGGGCAGCCCGGCAGGGGGUGGUGUGUGUGUGUCAGAGUAGAAGGCAGUGUAGCAUGCAGUGCAAACAGCAAGAGCAACCCAAAGAUACUUCAGCGAAGCUCUAAGAUCCUUGAGCGAGUCACGAUUAAUGUCACGUAGGAGAGAAACAGAACGCCGUCAGUCAAGAAGUCAGUUACCGCUCCCCCCGCAGGAGGGUGAAAAUAAAAUGGAAGUGUAAAAUCGAUAUUUGUGGUAUUAAAAAGGAGGUAAAAUAAGAAGAAGGAAAUGACACAUAUAACCACACACACACACACACACACGUGCGCGCGCAGACAAGCAAGAGAAAGAAAAAGGAUGCAAAAAUACCAACCAAAGGCAGCAAAACUCUCUCAAAUAGCGCCUCUCCUAUAAUUCAACUAUUAAAAAAAAAACCAGAUGCGCAAUUUUGUGGAAUGUUUUUUUUUGUUUUAAUAAGCACACACACACACAUGAACACUCGCAAGUUGAUCGAUGUUUUGUGAAUACUCAUUCUAGUCCUAUCCCUCUGUUGAUGAGGCGUAAUCGCGAGCGUAUGGCAUUUUAAGUGAUGCAUUUUAAACUCGAUUUGUAGCUCAAAAACCAUCACGAUCACGAAAUGUGUGCGUGUAGCUACAAGUGUGUGUGUGUGCGUGUGUCUGCGCGUCUGUGUGUGUCACGUGUGUAAACGAACGUUUCGUGUGUGUAGUGCGCAAAGAAAGCUUGUAAGGCAGCAAACCAAGUCCGAUCGUUUGCUGCGGUAACAAUUUGAUGAAAUUCCCAACACAUCACACAUACACUGAGUGUCCUUUUGCGUGUAGAAAUAUAUAUAACAAAAAAAAACCCACAACAACACGGGAGAAUUUGAACGUUUAGAAAAGUAAAAAUGCCAUGGAGCAUUAACCACUCUGCUACUACUAAUUGCUGCUGGGGACAGAGAGGCCGGCGCGCGUUUGUGUGUGGUGAUCAGCAGCAGUAAAAACAACAACAACAAAAGCAACAACAAAAAACACAAUUUUUGCAAACUAUUGUUUCAAACCGUUUUCCUUUCAACCUAUAAUCUUUACAACCUAUACGCCUCCCUAUAUCACUCUCGACUGUACAACCCCCGAGACCAGACGUAGAGCACGACGCUACCAAAGAAUAGUAUGAAACAGUCACCCUAUAAAUUACAUAGUUGAAGCUCUCGCUCUCACUCUCUCUCUCUCUCUCUCUCUCUCUCUCUCGCUCUCUAUCUUGCUGUGGCUCACGCUCUAGUCGCUUUUUUUAAACGCGCGCGGGCAAGCGGCCACAAACGAGCAAAUGCAUUACAACCGCAAUUCCACAGCACACACACAUACACAUUCCACGUAGAACAGUGCGCAAUUGCCUAGUUGCUAGUGAUAUGGGGCAGACCGCAGAGCUGCUUCUACCCUCAAACUCAUCAACUCACACCACCGUCACAUCCACGUCUCCUUCCCAGCUAGGAUCCAACCAGAAAGCAAACACUCAUGAGAGAGAGAGAGAGAGAGAGAGAGAGAGAGAGAGAGAGAUGGAGAGUGCCAGAGCCAGAGCCAGAGAAUAGUUAGAUAGCUAAGUAGCUAAUUAGUUAUUAAUUUUCUACAAUCGAUCGGUUACGCAGCUCAGGUUAACAACCAAAACCGGCAUCAUCCCACGGCUCUUACUUCAGGCGGGCAAUCACAUCCCCUCCUAUCGCUUACAACAUACGCCCUUAGCGACCGAUCGAUCGAGGAAGGUGGGACGGACGCAACCGGUGCAACUAAACCACAAACACACACACACAUACACGUACACAGAGACACGUACACUACUACAAUACUUCUCAUUUGAUAAGCUUGUAAGAAUAUACAUGCAUUAAUAAACGUACAUUAUACAACCAAUUGCAUUAGAUCUAUAUAUCUAUAUAUUAUAUAUAUAUUCGCUUGACGCGCGUUUUGGGCCUGGGCAGGCGGAUGAUGGCACAGGGUGUAUGUUGAUAGUGACGAUGGGUGUAAGGGAAAAUGCCCUACUCUCUCCCCCCCCCUCCACCAAUUAUAAUCAAGCUGCAAGGAAGGGGUGGGCAAGCGAAUCUCUUUUGCUGCACAGGCCCUGGCCUGCAUAAAUCCGCGUACAGGAUGAACAUGGCUCAUUACACCCAGCGCAGCAACAAACAGACAAACAAACAGGAUUGAAACAAACAAGUAAUGCCAACCCGCUAUUGAAGUAUAUACAUAUAUUUUUUGUAAUACACACACACACAAACACAACCUUUCCCAAAAACACACACACACACAACUGCUAUACGCUUUAAAAUUUCAUAUUUAUACUACCUUAAUAAAACAGAAGAAGAAGAAAAAAACAAUAACAACCCCAAAAAAAAGUGACGUAAACGCAUCUGCUAUAUAUUUACAAUUGAAAAAAAAACGGAAACAAAAGCGUGUUAUAAAAGCAAGUAAUUCAAACAAACAAAACAAAAAACGUAACAACAGCAGCACCAGCAAGCAUUCGGAACAAUAAGAGAUGCAGUGGAUGUUGGUGGAAGAGUAAUAAAACAAAACCAAACAGUCACACACUAACACAUCAACAACGUUUGCAUAAUACUCUCGUCUGGCUGAAGUUGGAAAAGAGCAACAAUCCAUGGAGAUACACGCACACACACACAUUUCACCACCCAACCGAACCAUGCCAAACCAUAGUUUGCAACCGUUCCGAGUCCCCAUUCUAGUCUCCAUACUAGGCAACAGACGCGGUUUCAGAACAAACGAACAUCGAGGCGUUUUUAAUUUUCCUCCUAUCACACCUAUCCUUACAAAACACACCUGUAAACCCUGGACACUGGCUCCUUUACGCUUUCUGCAAUAACAUUGUAAUAAAAUAAAAUGAAAAGAAACAACCCAAAGCUCGUUCUUGCAAGCAACCCAUUAUCACACCUAUCAAACCACCAAACGUGUGCACUGUUGAAUCCACAAAGCCACACCACUAGAGCAGGCGUACAGCAGAAGCAAGAGAGAUGUUGCAUCAACAAUAAUUUUACAACCCUUAACUAAAGACAUAAAAAAGAAGAAAAAAAACAAGCUGAAAACAACAACAGGAUAACAAGACAGUGCAAACAAACGAGAGCUUCUUCCGCAUUCUAGCAUUAUAUUCGCACACGUCUAGGUAGCAAGCGAAGCAGGCGGCGCAGGGUAUUGCAUUUCAAGCACAGGGAUUUCCUCCGCGCAGCAUAUCGUCGUCGUCCGUCUUCUUCCGCAAAUCAUCUCUCUCUCUCUCACAUACACUCUGCCUGUUUUUUAUCCACACAAACCACACACACACUCAUUACGCUGCUCUUAAGGCCGGGUGAUGCUUCUGCCCGCAGCAGAAAAGCUAUAGAACUCCACUAAUAGAUGUUUUGUUUUGUUUUUUUGCUGGCUUUGCCAAUAGAAAAGAAUCAGUCCGUGACGGAAGAUAUAGAGAGGGAUGUAAACAAGCAAAAAAACACACAGCAAGCCUGCAGGCAAGACCGAUAGGGCCAAGCAAUUCGGGGGAAAAGUGCAACAAAACUAAAACAAAAAAAAACCGCAACACAAUCCACAAUCACUCAGCUGAGGUUACAGUCGGAAAAUUGCAUCCUAGGCAAAAAAAAAGAAAAUUCGUCCAUUUUUGUAGGAUUUUGCGACGCGCGUUAAUAUAGGUGUUAGAGAAACAAACAAACAAACAAAAAAAAAACAAAUGCUAAACAAAAAAGGAAGCAAAUCUUAUCGCAAACAGAUAGUGUAUGUGUGUGUGUGUGAGUGACUGUCAUUAAGUCCCCUUUUCCGCCCCUCCCAACACAGUCGCGCACCUGGACAGCAGCAACUGCUUUAGUAUGCGGGCAGGGCGGAAAUGAACUACUAAUUAUAUAGAAAGGCCGAAGAUGACGAGGAUGAUGAUGAUGAUGAUGGUAGUAAAUACAUCAGUGUUACAGAUAGCGCUUGUUGACAACACUCUCUGCACACUUGACAAACGUGCUGCUGAUAGUGGUAGCCUGUGAGAGCCGCCUGGCCCAAACAAAGCUGUGCAGCGCUGAACAAUCUUACACGCGAAACACGCUGCAUUAUGCACGCUCUCCUCCGAGGGGACUGUAGAAGGCUUUCGAUACCAUCAUGCAUAGAAUGUUGAUUUCUGUUACUUUAACGCUAACCAUUUUUUUUUUUUUUGUGACCGGUACGUUCCGGUCUGCGUGGGGUUGAACCCGAGCGGCCCGAAUGUACCGAAUGCAAUGUCGUAUGCCUCGUAUGCGAUCACACACACUUUUGUUUGUGCAAUGGUUUUGUACUAGCUUGUUUUUUUUUAUCUUUCAUUGAUGGGUAGCUGCUAUUACCCAAAUAGUGGGAGCCACCCAAUCAUAGCCAGGCUGAGACGGUCCGUGACCCGUACACAUUGCCGUAACUAACCGCACUAUCCAUUAGUUAUGCUCUACUUUAACGUGUCCGCUUGGUUUUGGCGGUAUACAGGGAGUUGGUUGUCAUUCCUUCCCUUUCUACUGAGUCUACUACUACUAUUGCGGUGGCUUGGUUCAAUACACUGAUUAAAUGAAAUUUUGAAAAUAUAUUAAAGAAAACUGACUCAAAAUAAUAAACACCCAAACACACAGCAGUAAAAGAAGGUCAUACUAAAUGAAGCGAAAGAAAAAGUAGUGGAAUGAAGAGAAGAAGGAGAGAAAACACACACACAACCACACAACACAUAUAUAUAUAAUCUAUGUAUAAAGGACAGCAAAACGAUUGGUAAAAGAAAGAAAUGUAAGCAACAACCAAAUAAAAAAACAAUAGUACUAAAAACAUCUACGCCAACAAAAUGUAAGCGAAGGCAGCAGUAAAAGGCAACACAAUAAGAAAUAAACAGAACAGGCGGGAAGUGACGGUUAAGGGACGGUAAACAGCGGAGCGAUUAAAUGCAUCAGAGUGGUUGGGUACAGAAGGUGGGUGCGGCCAAAACAAAACCGGAACCCAAAAACCGGUAACGCUGGCCACGAAUGGUACGAAUGCCCAAGAAUGAAUGCAUAGAAUAGAUUAUAUAUCAUGUAUAAGUAUGAAUAUAUUUAUAUACAACACACAUAUAAGUGUAAUGAUGUAAACAUUUACAGAUUAGUUUUAAUAGGUGAUCAUACACAACAAAGAACAGAUGUGAAAAGAACAGCUGCGGGAAAGGUUAAUAACUAACAGGGGAUCGAGCAAAAACAGAAGAAAGCAAGCAAGCACAUGCUACUGGUGUAAUUAAUUUAAACAACAGCAUAAAAAAACAACCGCCCUAUUAAACAAGCAAAUAGAUUAAAGCAUUGUUGCGCAUCUCAACACACACACACAAUGGUACGCAAGGAAAAUGUGAGGCAAUUGGCAGCCUAUUCGAAGUGGACGGUUGACGGAUCUAGAGAGAGAGUGAGAGCGUGAAAGUGAAACAGUGAAAGCACUUGAUCUCAAGUGAACAUUAUGGUACGGUUUUGUGGUGUGAUUCUGUAUGGAUCGUUCAAUCAAGUAAGCCAACCACCAUAAGCACUUGCCACUCUAGAUCUGCACAAACCACAACCAACCACAGUGCUGUCAGCCGAAAGAGCGAACGUUCAUUUCGAGCGACACCUGCCAUCGAGUGUCGUCGAAUCCCGUACGAGAUAAGGAUGCGAUACGAUGGCAAAGCUAAAAUACCCUAAAACCCACUGCAUACUCUUACGGUUAAGCUGAAACGCAAACAAAAAAUGGCACGAACAGUGUGUGAGUGUGUGUCAAAUGUAGCGCCAGCGCGCUAAAUUGCUUGUUAGUUUGUCCAGCAAAUUACGAUAAUAAUCCAGCAAAUGCAGAACCGCCUCCAAACGCUCCAACAAUUGAACAUGCCACUAUUAAGAGCAACCUAAGACACAAACACCCCACACCUACACAAACACUCGCACAUACACAAACUCGCUAUAUACUCUCAAAUCAAACAACAACAACAAAAAACGCAAGAAACAAAUAUUUAACGCAAAGUACGUAACAACACACCUGCUAAAUCAAAAUAUUCUGCUUGGGUUUUGUGUUUCACUGUUUUUGUGACUUCCGUGUAUGGGUUUUAGGUGAAGAAUAACCGAAGUUUUCUCCCUCUCCCCCCAGUUUUUUGAUGCUAUAUAUCGUUGUUACUAUGCUGCACCUUUACCUUCCUCUCCGGUGCGGGAGGUAGGCGUGAGAUGAGCUACUACUAACUACUAACUACUUAAUACCUAACAAACACACACAUACACAAAUACACGCAGACACACAUGGGGAGGAUACUUAACAAACAAAAAUCCAAUUUUGAUAAAAAAAAGAAACAACAACAACCAAAACAAAACAAAAACCGAAUGGGUAAACGAAAGUACUAGCUUGUAGAAAUCAAUGGCACACUAGUGAACUCCUAACACACAACACAAAACUACACUACGUCCUACUACAGCAAGUACACUCCUGGGUGAAGAAAACUAAAAACAAAACAACAAAAUAAUAAAAACACAAUAUUUCCCAUCCAUCCUUGAGCACACGAACCCCCGGAUGGUACAGGAUUGGAGGUCAUCCAAUAACUGAAGGGAAUCUAUCGUAAGUGCGAAAUAAAGAGCAAACAAACCCUUUCAGAAACAAAACAGAAAAAUGGCCACAUCAUUCAACCAAACAUAUAUAAAAACACCCAGGCAGAGAGUAAACACAGCAAACAGAACAGAGAGAUAGAAACAGAGCUCAAAAAGGGGGAGUCGAAAACGGUCCAGCCAUGAGAGACAGUAGGAAAGGAAAGAAGCAUAAUAUGAGAGAGCAUAAUGGCAAGAGCAAAUUGAAAAGCAAAUGCAAAACUUAGUCAAGUCAGAAGAAAUGCACUGCAGCAAAGCAGCAAGGUAGACAACAAAACACAAUAUCACAACAUCAUAAUGUGUGUGUGUGUGUGUGUUAAACGAGUGUGGCGUGUGUUGAAAUGAUGUAUGUAAGAUGAAAAAAAAAACAAAAAACAGCGCAGUAAAACAGAUGGAAAACCAAUGUUUAAAUAAAAAGUACUAUAAAAACGA